AGAGGCUUGUGCUGUGCUGCACAUCUCGUCCUCUUUGUUCACCCUCUGGCUUCAACCACUGAAUCUCAAAUACUCUCCAGCUGGGAAUCAGAGGAGGGCAGGAAUGAAGAACCCAGAAGCCCAACAGGAUGUUUCCGUUUCCCAGGGUGUUCGCAUGAUGUUUUACAUGAUGAAGCCCAAUGAAACUUCAUUCCAAACUCCAGAAGAGGUGCCUGAUUACGUAAAAAAGGCUACUCCAUUUUUCAUUUCCUUUAUGCUGCUUGAACUGGUCAUCAGCUGGGUUUGCAAAGGGAAGCCAUUAAGUCGCGUGGAUGAUGUUUUAACAUCCUUAUCGGCUGGUAUUCUGUCUCGGCUUCCAAGCCUGUUUUUCAGGAGCAUUGAAGUGACCAGUUACAUUUAUAUCUGGGAGAACUAUAGGUUCUUCAGUUUGCCUUGGGAUUCUCCAUGGACUUGGUAUCUCACCUUUCUAGGAGUAGACUUUGCCUACUACUGGUUUCAUCGCAUGGCCCAUGAGGUUAACAUUAUUUGGGCUGGACACCAAGUGCAUCACAGUUCUGAGGACUAUAACUUGUCCACAGCACUGAGACAAUCUGUCCUCCAGCUGUAUACUUCCUGGAUUUUCUACUCUCCCAUGGCCCUCUUCAUACCACCCUCUGUAUAUGCUGUUCAUCUUCAGUUCAAUCUCCUUUACCAAUUUUGGAUCCAUACUGAGAUCAUCAAUAACCUUGGUCCUUUGGAACUGAUUCUUAAUACUCCUAGCCAUCAUAGGGUUCAUCAUGGCAAAAAUCGUUACUGCAUAGACAAAAAUUAUGGUGGCACUCUUAUUAUUUGGGAUAGGAUUUUUGGGACUUUUGAAGCAGAGAAAGAAAGAGUUGUAUAUGGUCUUACACAUCCAAUUAAUACCUUUGACCCACUCAGGGUGCAGUUCCACCAUUUAUUUUACAUUUGGACUACAUUUUGGGCUACACCUGGAUUCUUCCAUAAGUUUUCUGUGAUAUUUAAAGGACCUGGUUGGGGUCCAGGUAAACCAAGACUUGGGCUGAGUGAAGAGAUCCCAGAGGUUACAGGAAAAGAAGUUCUCUUCUCAUCAUCUGCCUCUCAGUUAUUAAAGAUAUACACAGUUGUACAGUUUGCUGUGAUGCUAGCAUUUUAUGAAGAGACCUUUGCAAAUACUGCUGCACUAUCACAGGUAACUCUCCUUCUGAGGGUUCUCUUCAUUAUCCUGACCUUGACCUCCAUUGGAUUUUUUCUGGAUCAAAGACCCAAGGCAGCUCUUAUGGAAACUCUCCGUUGCUUAGUGAUCCUGAUGCUGUACAGAUUCGGUCAUAUUAAGCCUCUUGUCCCUGCCUUGUCAUUUGUUUUUGAGAUUUUUUAUUCCAUUUGCAUAACAUUCUGGGGAGUAAGAAGCAUGAAACUUCUUGCCACUGGUCCUGGGAAAUAACCUAAGUGUACACAGCAUUCUUGUUUUAAUCAAUUUUUCAUAGCUACAACAUAUGUUCACUGAAUAUGGAAAUGCAAUUAUCUUAUACAAUGCUUAUAGGGAUGAUUUCUCUAAUGAAAAGUAAAUGUGCUUACUUAUUCUUGCUUUUUACAUUUAUUAUUUUCUAUUAAAGUCAAUUAACAAUUACUUUCCUUUUGCUCUAUCAUUGAAAAGCAAAUGAUUUCAAAUAUACUGAUGUUAUAUUUACUGGUACUAUCUAUGACAAUGCAUAUAAGAAGAAGGGAGGAAAUUUACCAAAGGUAAAGAGGAACGAAUAUUGAAUUUUUAUUGAUCUAUUGUUGGAUGCUCUUUUUUUUUUUGAUGUUUGGUAAAAUUAUGCUUAAAUUCAGAUUUGUAGCCAAAAAGACAUACUACAAUAGUUGUCUGCCUAAGACUGCAUUUGCCUUUGUAAACUAUGUAAUGCCAAGUGUCAUGAUGCAGAAAAACAUCAUGGAAAUGAAAAUGAAUAAAUCUGACAGAAUUGGUUUGUUCAGCAGACUAAUUUGUGAUACAUAUGUCUAAUAUGUUUGCUCAAUUUUUUGGAAGAUUGAGGAGUAUGCAGUAAUUCUAUGUUAUUAA